AUGCACACCCUGUUGCUCAUUUUCACCCUUGUUAUUGUGACCUCCCUCUUCUUCUCACCAGUUGCUGCAUUUGGUGCUGGAGACAUUCCCGAUUUCGCUGUUGAAGCCUCAUUGCCUUCAGAUAAGGCUUUUCGUCAUGGCGAUAUCGAGAACAUACUUUCCACACUCGCCAAAACUGCAGGGCAUGCCGCACUGUCUGGGAGCGGUGGUAACCUCUUUGGGUUUGCCAAAUCGCUCAUCAAAGAGGCCACUUCUGGACCCGGCGGCGCCAAGUUCUCUUCUGGUGAUAUCAAGAAGGUUUACUUUGGAAACUGGCUUCGCGACUAUUCCCAGGCUAUGGACAUCGGCGGUUUAAGCAAGUUGACGGCAGAUACCCUGGUCCUUGUGGUUUCGGUUCUCGGCUUCAUGACAUUCGGCUUCUCCACCGAGGAGUUCGAGGUAACUGCCGAGCGUCUUGGGGUCUACCUUCCUGUGGAACAUAUCGACAAUCCAAAGCGCGUGUCGAUAGGAUAUGCGGAGAAGGAAGGGGACGCCCGUCGUUUCCAUCCGAAGCUGCGGCCACCCGUUAACCCAGAAGAACUUGAGAUUGACGAGCGCACAGGAAUGAAGUGUUACAUGGCCACCGAAAACCGCAGUUGGGACACGUCUACUGCACACAUUCGACGUGUUUUAGUCGAAUGCAUCGAAAUGGGUCGACGCGCCAGGGGUCGUGAUGGGCCGGAGCUUUACGAAGCAUAUCGACUGCUAGGGACCGGCCUGCAUACUCUUGAAGACCUGCUGGCGCAUAGCAACUGGGUUGAAAUCGGGCUUCGGAAGAUGGGCUAUGACGAAGUGUUUUGUCAUGUUGGUGACCGCACCGAAAUCGAGACACCAAAUGGUCGUGCCCCGCCUCUAGUGACUGGAACUUUUGGUGGAGCAGACUUUUUGCAUUCUUUGAUGGGGGAGGCAGGAGAUAAAUUGAGCCAAGCCAGUGUCACCGAUUUGGCCUCGAAGAUGGACGAAGCACAAUCGCAAGAUCAGGCCUCCAAAAUCGCGACUUUGAAAGCCCUUCUGUCCAAGCUCCCGUUUGGUGGCGGGGGCUCGAAGGUGAACGAAGGCGAACAGCUUGGGGAGGAAGCCAAGGCAUACCACUUCAACCCGAAUAAUGUUGCUCCUCCAGAAGUCCAGCAAAAGUUGUUGGCCCUCCUUCGCUGGCGGGACGGUCUUAUGCGGUCAAUUGCCGAGAAAAUGGAGAUGAUCCCUGGGUUGGAACAGUUGAUGGACCAACUUUCGAACGCGUUGAACGCUUACGUAUACACUGUCAUCGCUCCCUGGCUCACGCCGAUCCUGCAACAGGCUACCUCUGUCCUGGGGGAAGGGAGUAAAGCGGUCAUCGAAUCGGACGAUCAAUAUGAGGUGUUCAAUAACCCUUACGCCUCUGACCCAUCACACAGUCUCCUUUCCAAGGACCACUUUGGUCUGAUUUUGAACGAGCCGGCAGGGAAAAUCGCCAUUCUCGUGGUUCGGCACUCCGUCAAUGUCAUUGUCCAGGCGUGGUCCAACAACGACAACCCGAAUCAUGCGGUCGAUGUGAUUCUUGAGGCUUUCCACCACCCCUAUUACGCGACUGGCCGUUCGCAAAUCCAAAACGACAUGUUCCAAGAGCUCGAACGCUGGAUUCGCGAUCUGGAUGAAGACACGGCGCGAGACACCAUCAACGCUUUGACUAAAGAAAGCGUUCGCAACGGGAAAAACAAACGGCUGGGCAGUGACGAUCAGGCUUAUGACGAGCCAGGUUAUGGCGGCUGUGGUCAUGCCCAUGGCGCUAGCAACCGAGGUUAUGCGCAAACUGAACAGUAUGAAGGGACCCAGUCUGCAUACCAGAGUCAUGGCUAUAGUACAUAUGAGAGUGAAUAUGGGGGAAAUCAACAGACGUUUGGAGCUGAGCGAUUGGCGCUUAGAGAUGAGGGAUAUGGUGAGGCUGAGGAGACAGAAGAGGCUGAGGAGGCAGAAGAAGAGGCUGAGGUGGAAGCAGAGGAGGCUGAAGAAGAAGAGGUAGAGGAAGAGGCUGAGGAGGAAGCAGAGGAGGCUGAAGAAGAAGCAGAAGAGGCAGAGGAAGACGCAGAGGAAGACGCAGAGGAAGAGGCAGAGGAGGCAGAGGAAGAAGCAGAGCAGGCAGAGGAGGAAGCAGAGCAAGCAGAGGAGGAGGAGCACUGGCAAGAGGAAGAAGCAGAGGAGGAAAACCAGUACCAGGAAGAUUACUGA